AAUUCUAUGCCAGAUAUGAGUAUAUAUAAACCACCGGAAUUUUUCGGAAGCAAUAGUCAUAUUGAGAUCGUUGAAUUUACAAGGCACACCAUGUGUGCCUCGAAAAUAAUUUUUUUUCUCUUUCUGUCAACGGGGCUGCGACAGAUCAACGCUAAUUCCUAUGCGGUUAACACCCCGACUGUAUGGUGGCAGACAGCAACCCUUUAUCAAGUAUGGCCGAGAUCGUUCCAGGACAGCAACGGCGAUGGAAUCGGAGAUUUGAAUGGCGUCACCAGCCGAUUAGAACACCUCGCAGAUAUGGGAGUAGACGUCGUCUGGCUGUCGCCCUUUUUCAAGAGUCCAUUAGUGGACAGUGGUUACGAUAUUUCCGAUUACCGUGAUGUGAAUCCAGUUUAUGGUACUGUGGACGAUUUAGACCGGCUCGUUGCUAGAGCGGCCGAACUAGGCCUGAGAGUAAUUCUCGAUUACGUUCCGAAUCACACUAGUGACGAACACGAGUGGUUUAUCAAAUCCAAAGCCGGCAUCGAACCAUACAAAAAUUAUUACGUGUGGAAUGACGGUAUUUUGGUAAACGGAACUCGACAACCGCCAAAUAAUUGGUUGAGCGUUUUCAACAGCGGCAGCGCCUGGGAAUGGGUUGAGGAAAGGCAACAAUUUUAUCUCCAUCAAUUUCACGUCAAACAACCAGAUCUUAACUUCACCAAUCCUGAUGUAAUCCAGGAAACGAAGGAUAUUUUAAGCUUUUGGCUAAACCGCGGCAUCGCUGGUUAUAGAAUCGAUUCGCUUCCUUAUCUGAUAGAAGACGCAUUGCUCAGAGAUGAACCAAAAUCUGGUUUAGCGGGGUACGAAGAAACUGAUUUUUACUACCUCGAUCAUAUCUACGUCAAAGAUCAACCCGAAAAUUACGGCAUCGUCCAAAUCUGGAGAGAUCAUAUCGAUGAGUACAGUCGAAAUGCCGCGGAUGGACUUACGAGAAUAAUGUUCACCGAAGCUUACGCAAAUAUCUCAAGCGUCGUAAAGUACUAUGAUUUCGGAUCCCAAGUACCUUUCAACUUCUUCUUCAUCAAAGAUGGAGAAGGAAUCGAUCUGGCAAAGUUGGAAACGGCCCAAGAUUUCGCUGACAUUAUAAAUCUCUGGAUGAGCAAUAUGCCAGUUGAUGGAACAGCUAAUUGGGUGUUUGGAAAUCACGACAACAGCCGCGUGGCAACUAGAUUUGGAGAGGGGCGUACGGACUCUAUCAAUUUUUGCCUGUACUUGCUUCCUGGCGUCGCAAUUACUUUCAAUGGUGAUGAAAUAGGAAUGACAGAUACCAGUCUGACGUGGCAACAAACCGAGGACCCACAAGCUUGUAGCACGGAUCCGACUCGCUUCGCGACCUUUUCAAGAGAUCCUGAACGAACUCCUUAUCAAUGGGAUGACUCGACGUCUGCCGGUUUUUCAACAAAUUCAAUGACAAUGCUUCCAGUCAAUGAAAAUUACCGCACUCUAAACUUAGCAGCACAAAAAAAAGCUGAUAAAAGUUACUACAAAAAUGUGCAAGCAUUAAUUAAACUACGAAACGAACCAGUAAUCCGCGAAGGAAGUUUAACUAUCAAAGUUAUUAGCAAUAGUAUAAUUGCUUUCACCAGGCAACUAGAUGGUCAACAGCCAAUCGUGGUUCUGAUUAACUGGAGUGACGCGGCCGUCUCUGGCAUUAGUCUCGAUGUUUUCGAAGAUAUGCCCGAUAACUUAGUCGUUUUAUUAGCGGAUGUAAACUCCGGUAUAUCCGUUGGGGACAAGUUCGAUAAGAACAACAUAGAACUCCCAAGUGAGGCUGCUGUGGUUCUGCAAGGAGUAGCUGCUUGUGAAAAAACUGUUCCUGCUGACGAAAAAUCUACGUGGUCUCCUUUAAAUCUUUGGUUCGAGAAACCAAUUUUGAAAAUUUUGAAGAAAUUAGGUAACAGAUCGUCCAAAUGGAAGUGGGCGUAAAUCGAAUACUACAAAUCUGGUGGCACUUUAUGGAAAAAAUUGUAAAUCUUUCACGUGUAACUGUGACAUUUACAUGAAUAAAAAAUAUUAUCCAACUGA